GGAUUUUCCAAAAGUUUUGCAUCUAAACCACCAACAUGUCUUGCCUUAACCAUCAACCAGACGAGAGUCGACACUUCAAGCAAGGGCGGCGGCACCAUCAUCAUCACAAUGAUAAAGAUGAUUCAUAUCGUCGUCAUCAUCAUCAUCGUCAUAUUCACAACAGUCGACUGGAUGACAACGGAAUGAAUUAUUACGAACGGCCAGAAGGGUGGCGUCACUUGAGCGAUCGACUAGGUGUGGAGACCUUAAUUACCAAGAUGAUUGAAAUGAGCGGUGAUAGGGGCGUGCAGAGUCCCAAAAGACGCAGCAACAGCCAACACGCGUUGCAAAAGGGUGUCCGUAUAGGGGCGGAAGUAGCGUAUCGGAUUCGAAAUGAUAGAGGGCCCUGGGCUGGUGAGAAAGCAAUCAAAGUUAUCAGUGCAGCUGUAGCAUCAGCAACCAUUGACUUAUUGCUGGACACUGAUUCAAAAAAUCAUCCCCUGACACAUGCUGCCGUUGUGACAGUUGAAGGAGUUAUUAUAGAUAGAAUCAUAAAUGGUAUAAUGAAGUUAUGA